CGUCGUACCGCUUCGUCUCCCACGCAUCCAACAGCUUCUGUGACAACGGUGGUCGGCCUGGCGGGCCGUGAGGUUGGCCUGCCCUGUGACAUGAGCGCACCUGCAGGCGACGUUACCCUUAUCGUCCUCUGGUACACGGCACACUCAGACACACCGGUGUACAGCUAUGAUUUACGGAACCGGCUGGAGGAGAAGAGGAAGUGGCACAACACUUCGGUGUUCGGGUCGCGCGUGGACUUCGUGCCAGGUCGACGUCCCGCCGUGCUGACGCUGCGCCACAUUAGCCGCCAAGAUCAGGGCCUGUACAAGUGCCGGGUGGACUUCCAGCACUCGCGCACUCGUAACGCCCUGGUCAACCUAACCGUCAUAGUCGCUCCAGAACACGUGAGAAUAGUCGACCCUCAAGGCCGAAUACUGGACACAGUGGCGGGUACUUUCAGCGAGGGAGACAGGCUGGAGCUCAAUUGUCGAGUCAAAGGAGGCUCCCCGCGGCCCAGCGUGAUAUGGCGCUCCAGCGCCGGCGUACUCCCGGCGCAGUCUCAGCCGGAGGGUCAGGACACGGUCAGCCAGUACACGGUGCCGUCUCUGGGCCGGAGUGACCUGCACCGCAUGCUGACCUGCCUGGCCACCAACACCAACCUGACGGCGCCCGUCACCAGCUCUGUCAUGAUCGACAUGAACUGUGACGGGCUCGCUCAGACCGUGGGCUGCGCUGAUCUGAAGCGCACGGCAGCGGACAAGGACAGCGGCGACGUGUGUGGCGCUGAUCUGCAGCACACGGCAGCGGACACGGACAGCGGCGACGUGUGUGGCGCUGAUCUGCAGCACACGGCAACGGACAUAGACAGCGGCGACGUGUGUGGCGCUGAUCUGCAGCACAUAGCAGCGGACACGGACAGCGGCGACAUGUGUGGCGCUGAUCUGCAGCACACGGCAGCGGACAUGGACAGCGGCGACAUGUGUGGCGCUGAUUUGCAGCACAUAGCAGCGGACAUGGACAGCGGCGACAUGUGUGGCGCUGAUCUGCAGCGCACGGCAGUGGACAUGGACGUCGACGACACGUGCGGCGCUGAUCUCGCGCCGCUGAGCGUCUCGAUCCUGGGCAAGGGCGAGCCGUUCUCGGCAGGCCGCCAGUACCAGCUGGUGUGCCAGUGUGUCGGGUCACGACCCCCGGCUCUCCUGACCUGGUAUCUGGGCAGCGCCCGCCUGGCAGCCACUCCCGCCACGACAACGUCGCACCAGGGGAACGUGACGCUGACGACGCUGCAGUUCACGCCGCGGCCCGAGGACAACCAGAAGACCUUGUUCUGCCGCUGUCAGAAUCCCAAGGUGGACUCGGCCACACUCGAGGACUCGUGGCGGAUCGCCGUCCACUACGCCCCGGCGGCCAGCGUCACUCUCGGCAGCUCCCUCGACCCCGGCAAGAUCAAGGAAGGUGACGGCGUCUACUUCGAGUGCAGCAUCAGCGCCAACCCACCCGUCUACAAGAAAGAAUGGAAACACAAUAACCGCGUGCUGGAGCACAGUGUCCGCGAAGGCAUCAUCAUCAGCAACUACAGCCUGGUGCUGCAGGACGUCCGUCGCUCCAGCUCCGGCGUCUACACCUGCAUUGGCUUCAAUGUGGAGGGGGAUGCCGAAAGCAAUCCAAUCUUCCUCGACGUCAAGUUUGCUCCCGUGUGUCGGCCCGGUCUGCCGCGCGUCUACGGCGUGGCCAAGCGAGAGCAGGUCGCCAUCUUGUGUGACGUCACAGCCAAUCCAUCGCGCCUGCACUUCCUGUGGACGUUCAACAACACGUCCGAAAUAACAGAGCUGGAUAGCAGGCUGGUCAACAGCAGCGAGACACGCAGUAUGCUCACCUACCAGCCGAGAACUGAGAUGGAUUACGGCACCAUCUUCUGCUGGGCCACCAACGACAUCGGCAGGAUGGCCCUGCCCUGUGUCUUCCACGUCAUAGCUGCCGGCCCGCCCGACCCCUUGUACAACUGUUCCAUCUCCAACUAUACCGGCGCCACCAUCACCGUCCAGUGCCUGGAGGCGUUCGAUGGCGGGCUACUGCAGACCUUCCUGCUCAACGUAUUCUCCGACGAAAACCAUGUUGUGUACAACAAGACUUCGAUGAAGCCCCAGUGGCACGUGCAGGGCCUGAUCCCUGGUCAGCGGUACAGGAUCCACGCCGUGGCGCUGAACGCCAAGGGCAGGAGCGCUGCUGUCAUCCUACCGGCCGACACCGUCACCGGCCCCGAGAAACAGCAGGAAAACAAACAAGAUUUCACGAUCGCUGAGAUGCUUCCGGAACCAGCCGAACACUCGCCGCUGCUGGCCCUGCUGGUGGGUGGGGUCGGCUCGCUCGUGCUGCUGCUGCUGGCCGCCAUCCUGGCGGCCUUCGCGUGCCGCCGCGGUCACCGCCAGGGUGCGCCAACAAGUCGGCUGCACCUGACGACGCCGGUCGACCUGGACAGCGGCGACACGAGGGGUUCAGACGUGUCGCCUGGUCCCAACGGGCCGGCGUACCGGGUGUACCGGAUCCCACGCGACAUCCCUGCGCUGCCAGCCCGGGCGCGGGAGCCGGCGGCGGCAGGAGCCGGACCCCGACCGGCUGGCCACAUGACGCUGCGCACCUUCCACAGCGCCGCGCCCGGCGCUCCCGGCGCCGCGAGAGUGCCGAUGUACACGUUCGUGUGUGUAUGCUUGUGCUCGGAACAGCGCUAUGUAGUGCGUGGACUGUAUCGGCAUUCCAACUGUUAA